AUGGCUACUUUGGCCACAGAAAUGCCGCCGUUACAUACGGCGGAAUCAUUGGCCGGUGUCCAACAGACUCCGGCCAAUACCACACAACCGCCGCCUGUUAGCAUGGGCGGCCUAACGAAUACGAAUAAUGGUGGUGGUGGUGAUAGCAAUGGAAUCAUAGAUUCAUCCCAAUCAUCAUCACAGGGUGCUGGUGAUCCCAUGGAUACAAGUACAGGAUCUAAUGGCAAUAAUAACAUGGCAUCCUCAUCGGCAUCCCAAUCCUCCACAACAAAUACUACCUCUACCAGCAAUACCAUAUCAGCGGCAGCUGAUUCUAGUGAUAAUCAACCGGCAACACCCCAGUCGCAUCAUCAUCAGCAGCAGCUGCAUCAGAAUGGCAAUGAUAGUCAACACUCCACAUCCUCAUCGUCGGGAGGUAUGCAAAAUUCAAUGCCCGGUGGAAUCUCCCAUCAUCCCUAUGCCAAUCAUCAUAUGUAUGCGGCAGGUGGGGCCCAACAGCCAACAACCACAACUACCUCAGCGAUGCAGCAGCAACAACAGCAUCAUCAAAUGUAUGGUGGCGCCCAACAUAAUCUCUAUGCCACAUCCUCUUCCAAUGUGGAUAUGCAGUCUCAACCCUCAACACCGAAUCAGCAUUCCGGUUACCCAUCAUAUCUCAAUAGCUAUGAACAGUUCUAUCAACAACAACAGCAGCAACAACAACAACAAAAUGGCAUGGAUUAUAUGAAGUCAUCGGGUGUACGUUAUCAUCCUUAUCUGCACACUCCCACCUCGGGAUUAUCCUCCUCAGGAAAUUGUGGCAAUGGCGGCGGAGGUUCUUUAGUACCCCCACCAGCCUCCUCCAACUCCUCAAAUAAUGCGCUGGACGCGGUCAAUAAUCAACAUUCGGCGCCGGCACCCGCUGUCGUCUCCUCCGCCAGUUCAAGUGUCAUGAGUCCACGUGUUGUCAGCUCCACCAGUCCCUCAUCGUCCAGCAAUCAAAUGCAAAUGAGUGGCAGUGCCAGCAGCAUUGGCAGCAUGAGUGCCGGCAACCCCAGCUCACCAGCCGGCACGGCUCCACAGUGUAAAAAAUGCGGCAUCAUGUGUACCAAUGACAGUGAAUUGCAGGAGCACAUUGCCAAUGUGCACGGGGCCUCGCCAUAUGGCAGCAGUGGUUAUGCCAGUUCUCCCUACAUCAAGGAAGAGUUACAGCCCCAGCAAACACCUCCCUCGCAACAUCAUCUCUCCAACCACCAUCAACAAUCCAACGGCGGUGGCGGUAACCCUGGUGAAAUUCUCGAUUUGGAUAGCCAAAAAAUGUUAUAUCCUCCCGGCGGCGGCACAGGUCUUAUGGCCGGCGGCAUGAUGCAACAUCAUCCAUCCGCUGCGGAUCCCUUACAAUCAAUGCACAGCAUGCAGCAACGGGCCGGCAUGGCCUCCUGGGAUCAACAAUCCACCGAGGGUCUGCCACCCUAUCUCCAGCAAAAUUCCAAUGAUGGCCAUGGCAAGUCGAUGCCGCCAAAUCACUCACCCUAUUAUCCCUCGCCCAAAGAUUCACCCUAUCAUGUGAGCAACAGUUCGAAUGUCAUUAAAUCGGAAUAUCCCAUGAUUAAAAAUGAAUAUCCUGGUGAUACAACAACACAACAAUAUAUGGGUGAUAAGUCGUUUGAUCCGACGGCACCAAACAAUGCAGUGGCGACGGGUCAACAACAGCAAAUGAUGCCGCCGGCAGUUUCCUCAAGUCCGGCGGAAUUUCCCUCCACCACCACAGAUGGUCCAGGACAAGCGGCGGGUAAUCAACAAUUCCGUAACGGUGGCAGUUUUGAACCGCCCACCUCCAGCUCUGCCUUGAGCACCAAUUUGGGCACGAAGGCCGCCAAUUGGAAGUCGAAUGAGGCCCGUCGACCCAAAACCUAUAACUGUACGGCCUGUAAUAAAUGGUUUACCAGUUCGGGUCAUCUAAAACGGCACUACAAUACCACGCUGCAUAAGAAUGCGGUGAAAUCCAGUGGCCAACCUGAUCCAGCCACCUUGCCCAUUUCGGCCCAUCAUCAUCCCGCCCGAGAGGGUGGCUCAAAACCUAGUCGUCGUGGUGGAGCAGCUGCGGCCGCUGCUGCAGCCGCCGCCAAUGCUGCCGCCCUGCAACAACAACCUCCCAAUCCUGUUAUACCUCCUGAACCGCCCAAUAGUCCGCAUGAUUAUGGCGGGCCCCAGGCGGCAGUGGCUGGUGGCAUGACGCCAAUGUCUCACUAUGCUGCCACACCCUCGCCCAACAGCAUGUACCAUCAGCAGCAGCAACAACAGCAGCAGUAUCCGUACAUGCCUCAAGUUCAAUCAACGACAAACGCUUCACCACAGCAUGCUUCCUCAAUGACUGGCGCCCAACAGCAACAGCCCGGUCAACACUCUCACUCACAAACCGUUAUGAACGGUCACCCAAACGCGUUAGCAGGCCCCUCCGUCCCAAUGACACAGCCAACAAUGCCGUCCUCCCAAAUGAGGGGCCUGCUGAACACCAACAACAACACAACACCAACAAUGCUUAUCACAAAGAGCGAGCACAUGGAGGCGGCAAUGGCAGACCCGGAUCAAGGGGAUCUGCAACAGGAAGACGAGGAGGAGGAGCCGGAGGAGGAAGUGGAGGAGGAGGACCUGCCGGAGGAGGAGGAGGAAGUGGAGGAGGCAGUGGGCAUACUCACGGAUCCACCAACAACACUCACCCCGAAACCGGAGGACUAUGUGAAACAGGAGCAAUUGGAUCAUCACAUUCACUCACCAAUGGCCGCAGCAGCGGACCAGGAAGUGUCGGCUCAUCACCACCACAUGCAGCAGCCACAACAGUCACAGCAUCACUUGCACUAUCAGCUGGACCAUCAGCAGCAGCAACAGGACAUGGAGCGUCUCUAUCACAACACCACGCCCAGCAGCACGCACAGCAUGCCAGUCCACUCGCCCCUUAUUAUCUCCCACCAACAAUACCGGGAGCAGCUGGAGCUGGAACAACAAAUGGCUCAGCAGCAGCAGGCGCAGGGCACCUAUACCCUCACACCAACCCCGCCGCCGCAGCUGCAGCAGCAGCUGCAUCAUCCCAAUACAAUGGAACAGCAGCAGCACUACAUCAACAUGCCUUUGGCUAUCAACACGCAGCAGCACAACAGUAUGCUGCAGCUGCCGCCGCAGCACAUCACCAUGGAGCAGCAGCAGCUGCGGCCGGAUACUACCACCCCCACCAUCCCCACCAGUAUGGGCAAUAUGCUGGUGCCGCCGCCGCUGGGCAGCCACCACAUGCCGCAGCAGCAGCAGCCGCUUACGGAGCUGCAGCCGCUAGUCAGUACUCAGCCGCAGCAGUUGCAGCAGCUGGACACAAUCAAUACCAGUACCCACCAGCACAUGCUGGCUACCACCACCACCAACAGCAUCACCAACAUUCCAUCGUACCACCAGCUGCAGCAGCCGGGCUCGGUACUGCAGCCGCUGGACCACACGCUGACCUAUCAUCACACUAUUAUUGGUAAUGGAGGUGGUGGGAUCAACAGCCAGCAGCAAUUGCCCUCGAUAACAAAUCUGACCAAUGCUGAGGUGUAUACCAUAGAUGCCUAUGGGAAUUUGGUGAGCACCUCCAGCUCAGGACAUCCGCAUCAUCAGCAGCAGCUGAUACAAAUGGAAGAUGGUCAAUUGGUGCAGUUGAUAACGGCCUCGCCAAAUCCUGGUAAUGCAGGGCAACCCACAACUCUCUACUCACAGGCUUCGUAUAAUCCUUACAUAGCCCAGAGGUCGCCCCACGAAGGAGAUCUACCACCCAUAGCUUAUCAGUAUAAGCAAGAGCCCAGUACCACAACUCUAACAUUGGUGCAACAGCCAUCGAUGGCUUAUUCACCCUCUCUCACACCCUCAUCCAGUAAUUCCAUGGAUCACAAACCCUAUAAAUAUUCCGAUGAUUAUCUCAACAAUAAUUAUGGCAAUCCUGAGCAAAAACCCACACAACAGGAAUUAAUGGGUAUGACGGCUGUGGCCGCAACACCACCACCCUCCACUUCAUCACAAACCCAGCUACUCGAUAUGGAUCUGGAAGAAGAUGUCAAGCCGACAGUAGCACCCGUUGUGGCUGCGAACAAAAAACCAGCCGUUGUGCCGGCCACCAAAAGGAAACGUAAUCCCAGUACUUCCAGUUCCGUUGGAGCACCACCCGUUACCGUUCUGCCAAGUGGACGCAUCAAAUGCAUACCCUGCGACAAGGAAUUUACGAAAAUCUGUUACCUGACACAGCACAACAAAAGUUUCCAUUCCGGUGAGUAUCCGUUUCGUUGUCAGAAAUGCGGUAAACGCUAUCAAACCGAAGAGGUCUAUAUCACGCAUUUGGGUAAACAUAAAACGACGGAUAAGGCACACAAAUGUGAUAUGUGCCCGAAGCAGUUUCAUCAUAAAACCGAUUUGCGGCGUCACAUUGAGGCCAUACAUACGGGUAAUAAACAGCAUACCUGUGAGAUUUGUGAUAAGGGUUUCUGUCGCAAAGAUCAUUUGCGUAAGCAUAUGGAGACGCAUAGUCGGCCCAAGGUGGUUAGUAAAAAGUCGAGGACUUCGAGUGGCGGUAGUAAUAGUAGUCGGGGUGGUGCGGGUGGCAUUACUGCUUUUGUUAAGGUUGAAAAGAAAUCCAAAGAUACGAUAAAUUUAGGUUUGGAAGUGCCACAGGCUUCGGCCUCGAAUAGUUCAUAUAAUUCGGUGACACCGCCACCCCAACAACAGUCAGGUUCUUCGACGCAAUCCAUGAAUGGUAAUGGCAAUCAACCGCAACAACAAAUGUUGCAAACAAUUUAUGAAAAUUCCUAUCAAUCGGCACCCUCUCCCUCGCUGAUGCAACAACAACAGCAGCGGCAAUCACAACCACGUCAAUUACCCUCGACACCCCACUCCACCACCUCUUCCAUGCAUCCUUUGGAUGAUGUUGCCGCCGAUGAUGAUGAUCUAUUAGAUGAAGAAGAAUUAGAGGACUAUGAUCCACACGAUUUAGAUGAAGAAGAAUAUAUUAGCAUCGAAAAUUAUGAGAAACAAAUUCAGCAGCAACAACAACAAAGCAUGAUGCAGCACAAUGAACAAUCCUAUCAAAUUAUUGAACAGGAAAUUCCAAUAUAUUAA